ACCCUAGCUGAAUAUGCUAAAUGUUGUAAGUUAUAAUGUUUGUUUGUUUUUUUUUCAUUGAACAUGAUGCAACAUGACAUGGCAUAAGAACAUAAACAUCACAAAAGGCUAAUAAUGGACCUAUUUCAAUAUGACCUUUGCAUAUUGUUUUAGCACAAGAGGCCCCAGCAGACCCCAGUUUCCCAUACACCUUGGACAUUUUCAAAAUAAAGGUCUAAAGGUUUUUCUCCCACAGAGAAGUGAUUUUAGCUUAAGUGUAGUAUUAUAAACAUGUUCAAGCAACUGCAAGGACAGUUAUCACCAGAGAAACACCACCAAAACCUGUUUUGGAUUGGUUUGUUGUAUGUGCUUAACCAUCAGCACUGUAUUUUUACUCUUUUUGUGGAGAGGAUGAACAGCUCAAAUGUUGUAUGACUCAAAAAUCAAUUAUUGUAGAUGAUUAAAGCUCAGUGUAACCUUGUUUUGUCUCUGCAUCAUUUUGGUUCCUAAGAUCUUGAUCAUUUCAUAUCCAUGGACCAGGUCAAAAUGAAGGGCUGUAAAAUGUAUUGAAAUUCAAGUUGAGGUUCAUGUAAAGGGUGACAUCAUCAGCAUUCUUUUUUUCUUCAAGAAUAUUUACAUCUUAGAUAAUGCUUGCUUGAAAAUGCCUUGAAAAAGACUGUCUAUGGAUAGCUCCGGUGAACCACUCAAAUGCAUGAAAGUGACCAAACAUAACAAUCUCAUUGUUUAGCUUGAGCAGGAAAUACUUUCCUAAUAAGAACAUUCCUCUCCCUGAUUAGCUGCUGAGAUAAAAGAGAGACUUUGGUCUUUGCUCUCCUCCAGGGUCCUCCAGGGAAAAGACGAUGAUGAGUGUUUUUUACGCUUUAAUACAGAUGAGAAGAAGCUACAUAACAUCAAGCAGAUUCUUUUAUAUCUGGCCUUUCUUUUUUUUAUCAAGUAUGUAUGCGUGCUAUGAUUAAUUUAGCUGGUACGGUAGGUAGGUUUUUCACGGAGCUGUAAUAUAUCUUCAAUUCAAAAGCCAGCAUGGACAACAGCAACCAUCCCUCAUAUGAAGAAGCUCCAGCUCGGUCCCUCCUCUUCAGAGCUGUUGGGCUUUUCACUGGAGACAUGCAUCUCUGCAGAGAAUGGGUGAAAAGACAGGUUGUGGUAAUCCAGCUGCUGGACUGGAUUUUCCGAGGAGUGGCCCAGGUCAUGUUCGUCAACAACCCUCUAAGUGGGCUCCUCAUCACUUUAGGUCUCUUCCUGCAGAACCCUUGGUGGGCCCUGAAUGGUCUACUGGGUACCCUUGUGUCCACUGUGUCUGCCAUCUUACUGGGGCAAAACAGGUCAGAUAGCAUCUCCCUAUCCUUAUUUGACUUCAUCAUAGAUGAAAAAAAAAAACAUUUUCCUCCCGCCAGGAAGCCAUUAUUACUGUUUGUUUCACUUAUAUUCCCCGGGGCUCCAUUUUCUUUAGCUUUCACACUGUGCUAUUUUCACAGUUGUGUUUUUCACUUAAUUGUGUUUUGCUGUCAUGUUGACUACAUCUGUCACACUCACCUCAGGGAAGCCAUAUCAGCGGGUUUAUAUGGCUACAAUGGAACCUUGGUGGGCAUACUGAUGGCUGUUUUCUCAGCCAAAGCGAGCUGGUACUGGUGGCUGUUAUUGCCAAAUGUGUUCAUGACCAUGUUGUGCCCAGUGGUCUCCAGUGCUUUGUCCUCAAUUGCCAGUAAAUGGGACGUCCCAAUAUUCACCCUGCCCUUUAAUAUUUUGGUGUCUCUGCAUAUUGCAGCGACAGGAGCUAAUCACCCCUACUUUCCAGAGAUGGAUAUCCAACCAAACUACCAUCUGUACCCUUCUAAUGACUCCAUCAAAAGCCUCAAUAUCUCUCAGCUAUUCCUGUCAGUGCCAGUUGGUGUUGGCCAGGUGUAUGGCUGUGACAGCCCUUGGACAGGAGGUCUCGUACUUCUGGCCCUGCUGCUUUCCUCUCCAACUAUCUGUUUUCAUGCCAUGUUAGGCUCUGCUGCUGGCGUCCUGUCUGGACUUGCUCUGGCAGCUCCUCACAAGGAUAUUUACUCAGGACUGUGGGGAUAUAACAGUGCCUUGUCCUGCAUUGCCAUUGGAGGGGUCUUCUAUGUCAUAACAUGGCAAACCCACUUUCUGGCUCUAAUAUGUGCACUUUUCUGUGCAUACAUGACUGCAGCAAUCUCAAAGCUGAUGUCUGUGCUUGCAUUACCAGCCUGCACGUGGCCUUUCUGCCUGUCGACUCUCAUCUUCCUCCUCAUUUCCUCUGAGAUCCCAGCCAUCUGCAGACUGCCUUUGUCUGUGGUCUCCUACCCUGAGGAGAAUCUGCGCUACAAGAGAAAAUUAAAGGCCUCGGAGGAAGCUCAGCACCAUCAGCAGAGCAGCAGUCAAGAAGAGGCCCAGCUGAAGGAGGAUGGAGGUCCGAGUGUCCAGUUGGUGGUGGACAGGGACUGCAGUGAAUCUGUAUGAUCACACAGGAUGCUAUUAUGUCUUGAUAUUUACCUAAUUGCUGUAAAUAAAGGAAACAGUG